AUGGCUCCAUCUACUCCGCCGCUCCUAGCGUCUCGAGUGACGCUCCCCAACGGGCUUGCAAUCCCCCAAGUCCAACUGGGUCUCUACAUGAUGUCGGGGGUGGAAGCCAAGAGAGCCAUCCCGUGGGCCCUAUCAGUGGGAUACCGCGCAUUCGACUGCGCGCAGAUGUACGACAAUGAGGCCGAGGCGGGCGGGGCGAUCACCAAGUUCCUCUCCAGCAGCGCUAACAACACGACGGGCCUCACGCGGCAGGAUAUCUUCUACACAUCCAAGCUGGCGAGUAACAGCGACUCGUACGACUCCGUGCGCCGGUCGAUCAGGCGAUCCGUGGACGUGUGUGGUCUAGGAUAUAUCGACCUCUUCCUUCUGCACAGUCCCUACGGAGGGCGGCACGCUCGUCUCGAGAGCUGGAGGGCUGUCGAGGAUUCCAUUGACGCGGGGGAGAUUAGGAUGGGUGGUGUGAGCAAUUACGGUGUCAAGCAUAUCAACGAACUUGUCGCCUCCAACCCACGUAUCAAACCCGUCAUCAACCAAAUUGAAGUCCACCCAUUCAACACGCAGACGGCCAUCAGAGAGACGUGCGCCGCAAACAACAUUGUCAUCGAGGCCUACGCCCCGCUCGCCAGGGGCAUGAGGAUGCGCCACCCGACCAUUGUCCAGCUGGCGGGCAAGUACACGUGCAGCCCUGCGCAGCUGUUCGUCCGCUGGAGCCUGCAGCACGACAUGGUGACGCUGCCCAAGAGCACGAAGCGCGAGAGGCUCGUUGAGAAUGCGAGUGUUGACUGGUUUGAGAUUUCGGCCGAGGAUAUGGCCGUGCUUGAUGGACUGGAUGAGAAACUCGUCACGGACUGGGACCCUACUGAUGCCGCUUGA